UGGUAACCCCAGUCAAAGAUUCGAAUGUUUUGCUGGAUUCGAACGUUUGUUGCUGGAUUCGAAUGUUUCUGGAUUCGAACGUUUUUUUCUGGAUUCGAAUUCGAAUGUCAACAUGGCCGAUGAUGAGGAUCCGAAUGAUGAUGAUAAUGGUCAAAAUCCAAAUCAACAACAACAACAUUCGAUUGAUAUUUGGAUUGAAUCACAAAAUUUAUUAAAAAAUUCAGAAAUUUUACAACAUGAACAUGUUUAUCUGAAUGGUUAUUCAACAUUGGUUUUUGUUGGUUCACAAUUUGGGGGUAAAAGUUCAAUUAUAAAUCGAUUUAUUGAUCCAACAACAAAAUCAUUAUCAUUGGAUAAAUAUGAUGAAACUAUUGGUCUAGAAUAUCGUUAUCUUUGUCGUCGAAUUGAUUCAUUAUUUGAUGAUCGACAACGAUCAAAACAACAACAACAACAACAGAUGAAUGAAACAAUUUCAUUGGAAAAUAAUGAAAAAAUCUGUAAUAUUUGGGAAUUAGGUUAUGAAUUAUUGUUUAUUGAUUUGUUGAAAUUUGCAAUCAAUCUGGAAACAAUACAAAAUAUAACAUUGAUUAUUGUUAUCGACCUAACACAACCGAAUAAAAUGUCCAUAUUAUUGGAACAAAUUAUCAAAUGGAUACGGAAAUAUUUACAAUCAUUAUUGGCAACUAAUGAUGAUCAAUUUGAACAACAACUACGACAAUUAGCAUUGAAACGUUCGAUUUAUUAUCGUAAUGAUCAAGAUCAAGAUAAUCAGGAUGAUAGACCAAAAAAUCCAUUAUUAAUACCGGUAACAAUAAUCGGUAGUAAAUAUGAUGAAUAUCAAAAUAUGGAUCCAGAAAUUAAAAAACAAAUUACACGUUAUUUACGUUUAGUUUCAUACGAAUUAGGUGGACAAUUAUUAUAUCAUUCAUGUCGUUCAGAAACGUUAACUAAACGUAUAAAUCAAGCAUUUGAAUCAUUAGCAUUUGAUCGAUUAACCUUUGAUUUGAAUGAACGUAGUAAACCAUCAAUAUCAACAAAUAUUGCUAAACCAGUAUUACUACCAUUUGGUUAUGAUACAUUGGCAAAAAUCGGUGUUGAAUCCAAAUCAUCGGAAUCAGUAAUGGAUCAAGCGAAAAAACAAUUUGAACAAAUAUUUCCACAAAAAAUUUUAGAACAAUCAUAUCAAUCAACAAUUGAUGAUGAUAUUGAUCCACGUUUUGAUCCAAAUUUUGCUGAACCUGAAAUUGAUAAAAUUUUAGAAUAUAAAUAUAUGUUAUUGGAUAAAUGAUCGAUGAUGAUUUUCAAAAACAUGAAAUUCAAAUCCAAACUGUAUUCAUCAGCAAACACUAGAUGGCAUCCUAUUUUAACAAAACUUACCUGG